UACCGACACCGGGUACUAAAGGUCUCAGAUCACCAGCAAUCUGUUGCUUGACAAAGAACACCAAGUCAGGAGGCUUCAGCAGGACUCAUCCAGACCUCCAGUGUCUUCUCCAAUCUUUGGUGUCUCGCACAUGACAUCAAGCUCCACCCACUGCUCGAGUGCCAGUGUAUGUUAAAAGGCUGCAGUUCAGCGUCUACUCACAUAACAGCUGGAGCCCAGGCUUGCUAAGUGACCUACAGUGAACCCAGGACAAGGAGGACUAAAACAACAGCACAACUAGACAAUCAACAACUUGGCUAAGCGUCCACUGCUGUCUUCUUCUUGUGUCUGUCUCUGCAUCUGACACCUGUUGUGUCUAACUGGAGAUAUUUGCCUAGACCACCAGCAGUUACCCAUUUGUCAGGCUUACCAUCUUACUAUCUUCAAUGGGUUCUUUAAAGAUAUGGGAUCAUCUUCAAGCUGGGAGCUCAGAGGUAGACUGGUGUGAAGACAACUACAAGAUUGUCCCCUCCAUAGCUGAGUUCUACAAUACGAUCAGCAACAUUUUGUUUUUUGUGUUACCACCCAUAUGCAUGUGCCUGUUCCGUCAGUACGCCACCUACUUCAACAGUGGGAUUUACUUAAUAUGGGCCCUGCUUGUUGUGGUUGGUAUCGGAUCUGUUUACUUUCACGCAACGCUCAGUUUUUUGGGACAGAUGCUGGACGAACUGGCCAUCUUGUGGGUGCUGAUGUCUGCACUGGCUAUGUGGUUUCCCAAAAGACAUUUGCCUAGAGUUUUCAGAAAUGACAGAUGGAGAUUUAAAGCAGCUGUGGGGGUUCUUUCUGGAAUCAUCACAAUACUAGCAUUUAUCAAGCCUGCCAUGAACAACAUUUCCCUUAUGACUCUUGGAAUUCCUUGCACUGUGCUACUGAUAACGGAACUGAAGAGAUGUGACAACAUGCGUGUUUACAAACUUGGCUUGAUGUCUGGAUGUUGGUGGAUGUUAGCUUUAGUCUGCUGGAUCAGUGACAAGGCUUUCUGCGAGAUAUGGUCAUAUUUCAACUUUCCGUACCUUCAUUGUGUAUGGCACAUCCUGAUCUGCCUCGCUGCUUAUCUGGGCUGUGUGUGCUUCGCCUACUUCGAUGCUGCUUCUGAAAUCCCAGAACAGGGGCCCGCCAUCAAGUUCUGGCCAAGUGAAAAGUGGGCUUUCAUUGGGGUUCCGUACGUCACCUUACUCUGUGCUCAGAAGAAGUCUCCACUCAAAAUUACAUGAAUUCUACCUAUGAGAUCAAAUCUUCUCUGAAGGGAAACGGCUCAGUGACAUGUGAACCCUGGUGCAGUUUUAGCUUUCACCUUGCGGCAACUAACAGAACCUUUAGCUUCAUAAUUCUCCUAGAAAACCUCUCUUUUUUUUUUUUUGCAGAUUUUAUUAUUUAUAUAUUUGCAUCUUUUAUGUGUUUUUAUAAUGGAGUGGAAACAUUGUUUUUGAUUACUUACCCAUACUUUUAAGAGGUGUUAAGAUCACAUUUAUUCAUACAUUGGAACUGGAAAACAGACAAUGAUAUGCAACAUCUAAAUGUCAAAGUGAACAAAGGUCCCGGGUUAUUGCUGCAGGUUGGACAUGCCUCACCUGGAAUUAUUGCUGCACUGGGCCACUAUUUACUGGUAUUUUUUUGGGGGGUGUUAUGGAAGAAUAUUUAUCCAACGUGUAACCUUUAUGCAGGGUACUGGGGAGUCUUGUUACAUUAUGGAAAGUUUUUUUGCUGCUGUUCACAGGGAAGAGGCUCAUUAACAGUCACAAGCAUAUGUUAAUUGCUGCAGGGAUCAUGGCUGAC